AUGAUGCUGCUGAUGAUGAUGUCGAUGAUGAUGCCGAUGUCGAUGAUGCUGGCGAUGAUCAAGGGUGGUGCUGGUAGUGACCCUCAUCGCGGUCUUGAGUCUUCCCGCCCUGACCACCAGGUCAAGGCCCAGGAGCUGCUUGCCCGUCUCGAGGCGGCGCCUAAUCCGCGGGCCUCGGGCCGGCCCUCAAUCCGUCUCGGCAUCUCGGGCGCGCCGGGUGUAGGCAAGUCGACCUUUAUCGAAGCCUUUGGCAUGUGGCUCAUCCGCUCAGGCCUCUCGCUCGCCGUCCUCGCUAUCGAUCCGUCGUCGGCACGGACCGGCGGUUCCAUCCUCGGCGACCGCACCCGCAUGAUGGAGCUUGCCCGCGAGCCCAAGGCUUACAUUCGCACCACCCCAUCUUCCGGGACGCUCGGUGGCGUCGCCCGCCACACUUCGGACGCUAUCGCCGUCUGCGACGCCGCAGGGUUUGACGUCAUCCUCGUCGAGACUGUCGGCGUCGGCCAGUCCGAGUACGCCGUCGCAGACGUAGUCGACAUGUUCAUGCUCCUCGUCUCGCCCGGUGCCGGCGACGAGCUGCAGGGCAUCAAGCGUGGCGUCAUGGAGCUUGCCGACGAGGUCGUCGUCACCAAGGCUGAUGGCGACCUCUCUUCCUCCGCAAACAUCGUCCGGGCAGAGUACCGCUCCGCCCUCAAGCUCAUGCACCGCAAGUACCCAGACUGGGCUCCGCCCGUCCGCACCAUCUCUUCCACAGAAGGCCGCGGCCUCGACCGCCUCUGGACCGACAUCGGGUCGUUCUUCGACGCCCGCAUUGCAUCGGGCGACCUGCUCGCCAGCCGCGCCCGCCAACGAAAGGCUGCUCUCUGGGCUGUCGUCCAGGACGAGCUGCUCCGCGCUGCAAAACGCGACGCUGCUGCCGUCGCCACCGCCGAAGCAGGCGUCGAAGCCGGUACUCUCUCCGUCCUCGCCGGAGCCCGCCGCAUCCUUGCUGCUACAGGCAUCGACUCGGAGCCGUAA